AUGGUGCGGUUCAUCCAGUCGAAGAGUCGAGCCAGUGCGGCGGCACUGGUUUUGGGCCUAGCUUCAGCGUUGACACACGGUCGAGCAGUGUCCAAGAUCAAUGAGGCUAUCUUUGCUCUACAGGACUCGAGCGAGCAAGCUGCGUUUUCGAUCGACAAGCAUUUCCAGGUAUCGAGCGUGGUGCACUCCUCAGAAGCAUACAAUGCAACGCCAGAGGCCCUCUCGAACGGUCAAGUUCGGCCUCUCGACUAUUGGACGCGGGAGGAAGGCGUUGGUCACUUUUCCGAAUGGUCCAAAGCGACCAAGCUCGCCUUCUUAUCCGAUUGGGUCAGGGGCAAGGGAGACGAAUGGACGCUGGUCCAGGGAAACGAAGGAGGCGACCUAGAUUCUAUGACAGCCGCCUUAGCUUGGGCCUACCAUCUUUCGCAUUCAACGCUUCAUCAUCCACAACCGCGCAAAGCCAUCGCCCUCCUCCAGACGCCCCUCGACGCGCUCGACCUGAGGCCGGAGAACAAGGUGGCGCUCAACAACUCCAGGAUGAGCUCUGGCCAUCGCGAUUUGCUGACUAUCGAUGAGCUGCCUGCUCACCCCAAGGAAAUUGCCAAGAAGAUCAAAGGCAUUGUCCUGGUCGAUCAUCCAGUACCACUGAGCGUGUGGAACGAUGCCAAGGUGCUGGGGAUUAUCGAUCAUCAUUCGGAUCGUGGCGUUGCGCCGCAUGCUAAUCCAAGGAUUUUCGAACAGGUGGCCAGCUGUACGACGCUUGUCGCUAAGCAGUUGUUGAACGAGCUCGAGGCGAUCCCUAAACCUCCCGAAGGUCCAGGAGAGUACCAUAUGCCGCAUGAGUUGCUCGAGCUGAUCCUGGAUGCUAUUGCGAUCGACUCUGAUGGUCUCAAUCCGAAAAAGUCGACCGCAACCGAUGCAGAAGUCUCGAAGCGGAUUCUGGCACGUAGCAAUUGGCACAAUGAAAGUCUACCUAAAGUCAUGAAACGUCUCGACAAAGAGCUCGGAAAAGCCAAACGCGAUCUAUCGCAUCUCUCCGUCCGCGACCUCCUCCGCCGCGACUGGAAAGGCGACGUGGUACAAACCAUCGAUCCCGCCACGCCCGACAUCCACCUCGGCUUUGCAUCCACCCCAGUCUCUCUCGACGACCAGAUCUCCCGUACGCGAAGACGAACCAUCCAAUCCUGGUUCAAAGUCGAACGUCGUUGGACUGCUGAGAUCCGCGCCGACGUCAGUCUGUGCUUGAACAAGUACAAGAACAAGCACGGCGACAAGGUUCGAGAGAUCGUGCUGACGGUAAGGCAUGAUCAUCGAAUCGAUCGGAAACAAGCGGAUAGCCUGUUCAAGCAGAUUGGUAAAGCGCUGGCCAAGCGCUUCGAGCUCGAGAAACAUCCCAAGAUGAAGCACGUAGAUGAGUUUGGAAGGCAGAUGGUCUGGAUACACGGAGAUCGAUCAGCGGGCAGAAAGAUCGUCAGGCCCAUUGUAGAGGAGGCGGUGAAGAACUGGGUUAGUCCUUGA